GUCGGCGAGCUAUGUUCACAUUGACCGUGUAGGUUAGAAGUAAAUAUUGUAUUUUUUUAGUUAAUUAUAUCGCAUAAAAAGUGAUCCUCGCUACUUAAUCACUAUUCAAGUGUGCAAGUGUUUGACCAUUUGUUGUAGUUAUAAUUGUUUCCGAAGUACCAAUUGUUUUUUCAUUAAAUAUAAUGGAAGUCGACAUGGAAAACGAACACAUGUUUGAAGAAGUUGUAGAAUCCAGUGAAAACGAGGGAUUAAACUCUGCCGAAAGUGAAGGUAAAGAACACGAUGAAGAGUCGGAUAACUCUGAAGGUUCUGAAGUUAAUGAUAACGAUAAGUCCCUUGCUAAUCCUGGCUGGGCUGAUGCUAUGAAAAAGGUUUUAAAAACCAAUAAACCAAAGAAAAAGAAGACUAUUGUUCUAUCAAAAGCAAAAAAAAUCAAUGAGGUAAAGGUACAGCCCAAAAAAGAUGUAUCAUUCGAAAUUGAGGGUGGAGAUGAAAAAAUCAAAGUGGAGACCUCAAAAGAUAUCAAAACUGAAACAAAUCUGAAAGAUAUUCAAAAUAAGGCCAAAAAGAAGGUACUUGGUAUUCGUAAGAAACCUUCAGCACUUGACCGAAAUCGUGAAAAACGUUUACAGAGAAUGGCUACAAAUGGUGUUGUACAACUGUUUAAUGCCGUUAGAAAACAGCAAAAAGAAAUAGAGGAUAAAUUAGAGGAGGCAGGUCCUCGUGAAGGUAAACGAGACAAAGCUUUGAAAGAAAUAAGCAGAAAAAAAUUCUUAGAUGUAUUAAUGGGAGCAAAAAAUAAUGAAUCAAAGAAUGAAAAUACAACAGAAGAUAUCCAAGAAAUCAAAGAGGAAAACGAUGAGGGUGAUAAGAAACGCUGGAGUGUACUGGAAGACGACUUUGGGAUGAAAGCAAAUUUGAAAGACUGGGACAAGAAUGUUUCUGAUGAAAGUGACUCAUCAGCGCCUGAAGAAGAUGUUGACUGUGAUUAAUGGUGUUUGCACUUGUGAAAUAAUAAAAUAUGUAAUAUUUUGUUUUCACAAGUUUUAAAUUUU